AUGAAAGCCAGCACGCUUCCGUUCCGAGCGCGAUCGCGGCCCGUCUGCCAAUUGUGCGACUACAUAUUACGCGGGCCCGCAUACCGCCGUUCGUUCAUCGCCGCGUCGACUUUCAAGGCACCCACGAUACGGCGGCAAGGCGCGAGACAGCAUGGCGUACUCGAACGGAUGCCUGCGCGGAGCAUUACGACGACUCAAAGAGCGCAAGAGCUGGAGCCUGAGGUAGAGGAUAGCCAGCUAUGGUCCGACAAGAUAGCUGCCUUGAAGACGAAGCUGGCAAAGGUGGAAUGUCACAUCAAGUGGAUUUACUCCUCACCCCGGGUGGAGUCAGAGGCCGCUGUGCUCGAGGCGCUCGAUGGCCUAGAGUCGAUCGCGCGGCAAGCAAUCGCCAUUCGAUCACGGCAGCCACCGCCGGUGAAGAUGAAUAUCAGACAAAGCUCAGCGGGUGCAAUACUGUCGCUAGGUCGAGAAGAAGAAGCCGGCAUUGAAAACGGCAAUGUGACUUCCAGUAAGCCGAGCUCGUGGCCAUCCUCCAUCGACGAGCUCCCGUCACCCUCGUACAUCUCCAGUCUGGCCCGAGACCUCCUCAAGCACCCGAAAGUGUUCAUUUCGCCCAACGUUCUGGCCGCAUAUAUCCACCUCCAGCGCCGCCUCGCUCUCCCACGCGCGAUCCCCGAAAUCCUAUAUCUCUACGCCAAUAAGCCGGUGCCCGAACUUGGCUCAUCACCACCCAAGUUCUCGAAACCAUCACCCAAGGCCGCAAAACAGGCUGUCCCCGCCGAUCUGGCAGAGGAGGCAUUGACAGCCGCUAUCGAAGCGAAGGACCUGCCUUUGGCACUAGACGUUGUGCAGAUGACGUACUGCACCCCGGCAUGGCGGAAGCAUAGGAUAUUGACCAAACUCGGCGUUCCCGGAACUGUGGCGGCCAUUACUCCGUUGGCGUUGUACAUGAUCGCCCAGGAGAUGUCCGUAUACAGCGGCUUCAUUGACCCUUGGACCUUCAAGAUGUACGCAUUUGCCGGACUUCUAACCUACGUUGGCUGCACUGGGACGCUUGGGUUCGUCGCGCUAACAACGCACAACGACCACUUCGACAGAGUGGUUUGGCGGCCGGGUAUGCCGUUGCUGGAUCGAUACCUGAGGGAAGAUGAGCGCGCAGCCUUGGAUCGGAUCGCGUGCGCUUGGGGCUUCAAAGAAACAUGGAGACGAGGCGAUGAGGAAGGUGAGGAGUGGGAGGGGCUAAGAGAAUGGAUAUUGCUCCGAGGCAUGGUCCUCGACAAGCCGGAUUUGAUGGAGGGCAUGAACGCGUAG